AUGGCUUCGAAAGCUUUCUUGAUCGCAGUUUUCUUUGCAAUGAUUGCUACUUCAACUAUGGCAACCAAUUAUACGGUUGGAGACAACGCUGGCUGGAAAGUGGGUGUCAAUUACACUGAAUGGGUUGCAGACAAAACGUUCUACGUUGGAGACACACUGAUGUUUAUGUACAAUAAGGGAUCUCACGAUGUUUUGAAAGUGAAUGGACCUGACUUCCAACAGUGUUUGAAAUCAAAUACAACUGGUCUUCUGGUUAGCGGAAAUGACGUAAUUACCCUUGCGAAACCAGGGAAGAAGUGGUACAUUUGUACGGUUGCGGAUCACUGCACGAAGGGGAUGAAGCUUGUGAUCAAUGUAUUAGAAGCAGCUACAACAGCACCCACUCCUUUACCUCCUCAAACACUGGGAUCUUCAGGAGCCUAUGAAAUCUCUUCCUUCAAAUCUUUUGGGUGGAUUCUUGCAGCAUUGGCUGUUUUUAAGAUAAUCCUGGCUUAA